AGUGACGACGACAAAGACGAUAAAAGAACACAUUUUAAUCUUUUUACCGCGCUCAUUGGUAUUACCAUGACUAAUUUGUCAUAGAACAACACUACGGACAGACGUAAACAAACGAACAAAAUAUAACAAUGCAAAGCGCGCGAACACCGUUUACAGCCGUCCACACUGAUUUCAGGUUUGAACACUGUAAACACUCAGUCACUGUUCCGGUGGUCGAUUUAUGCUCAUUUUCUAUACAUUUCUGUUGAGCCGCAUGCGCACAACCGAGAUGUCCAACUGAUCUGCGUCUGUUAUAGUUUAUACUAAUACGCUAUACCGGUGUAGUACUCAUACUGGCGUACUGUCGUAGUCGUAUUCGAUGUAGCCGGCACAAGCUCAACCCUCAGCCACUAUUCAGACGUGUGUGUGUGUGUGUGUACUGCUUAUGCGCCUGUAGUCUCUACGUUUGUUCGAUCGUCAACGUCGCUGCUGUUUGUCUUGGUCGUCGCCGCUUGGGCGUAUUGGCAUAAUAUCGACUCGUAAUUGGACGUCUGUACACCAUUGUCACCAAUUUCAAGUCCGCGCCGGUCGUUGUUGUCGAAGUCAACCUGUGCAUACAGUAAAAGCCGUUGUUAACAGUUUCCAGUCCGCGUCGCUCGUCGAAUUCAACGUAGUGCCCACGUUAAAGACAUUUCAAUCGUCCUGCGAUUCGACAAACGGCGAGUACUCACGUUUUGCCGCGAAAGAAGGAUCGCCGCAAAACUAUAUUGUUGGAAACGUUGCAUUGCUGAUCGAUCGUUAGACCAUUCGUCGUGUGGACUGUACUGCUAAUCUGAGCCUCGAACCAUUUCAGACAUUGUUGCCAGUUUCAAGUCUUCUAGUCUGCGUUAGUCAUUUCGAAAUCAACGGAGUGUCCACAUAAAAGAGAAGGAUCCAAGCUAACAAUAUUGUUGAAAACGUAGCGUUGCAAUUCUAUCAUUUAAUUAUCCGUUGUGUGGCCUGUGCUAAAUUUCGAAUUUAGUAAUAAUGAUGAAUAUGGAAGUGGAAAAUACUGAUGACCAGCUUGUAACAAUUCAUUUUGAUAAUGAUGUCAACGACACAUUUAAUAAAUUGUUUUUAACGGAACAUAGUGCAUAUUUUGAAGCUAUGUUUAAUGGAAACUUUUUAGAAUCUCAAUCAGAAAAAAUACAUAUACAGGAAAUAAGCUAUAAAGGUUUUGUGAGUGUCAUUAACAGUUUGAAACAUAAAAAAGUAAUUUAUAGUGAUUUAAAUGAUUUACUUACUAUACUGGAAGUAUCACAGUUUCUUCAAUUUCCUUUCAUUGUUGCUGAAUCUAUUAAAAUUAUCAGAGCGAAAUAUUUGUUUUCAAUGUAUGCGGUUAAUGUGUUUUCAACAGUUUCUAAGCUUGGAAUUAAGAAUCUACUAGAGAAAUCCCAAGCUUAUGUUUUGUAUCACUUUAAAAACAUAUUGGAUCAAAAUAAAGCUGGUUUCUUACAAUUAAGGAAAGUAGAUUUACAAACAUUGUUGAGUAACAAUAGUUUAAAUGUUGUUAAUGAACAAUAUGUGUUUGAUUUGAUUGUUAAUUGGUGUUUAGUAAAUAAUAAUUACAAUAUGGAGUAUGAGAUGAUUGUUAGUUGUGUGCGUUUUAAAUCUAUGAAUGAAGAACAAUUGAAAUAUUGUAUUUCAAAAACUAAUAAUUUGAAUUUACAAAAUAUCAUGAUUCCGUAUAUGGAUUGUACAAGAGAGCCUGUACAAGACCCUAUGACUAUGGGGUUGUUUAUUAGACCGAUAAGAAAUAUUCCUUUUGGUUUGUGUGCUGUUAAAAAUGAAUUGGAUGGUUAUGCGUUUGUGUAUCGCUGGGAUUGGGCUUCUAUGCAGUUUACAAAGUUUAUUAGAUUGGAUCCAUUGCCUCUUGAUGCAACUGGAUAUCAUGUGAUUGUUAAAGACAUAGAAGUUUAUGUGAUGGCUGGAGAAAUUGCAUAUGGAAGAGGAUCAUGGAAUAAGGAAGGAUGGAAGUAUAAUUUACUUACAGAACAAUGGAAGAGAUUGAAAGAUUUUACUACAUCCAGUAGGCGUCAUGGAGUUGGACAUUUUGUAGGUGAUUUUUUGUACUUAAUGGGAGGUCUUACAAAGCACCGAUUGCCAAAUCGAAAUAUUGAACUCUUUCAAAUAGAUAGAAUUAAUGAUACACUUGUUCAAAUUCAUAUGACUUCUUGCCAAUAUUUUCAAAAAAGAGUGGAUAGACAAUUUUAUGUUUGUUUGGAGUAUAAAGGCCACUUAGCGAUAAUAACUAAAGACAAUGAACCAUCAUGGUUUGAACUAAGUCCUAUUGGAAAUGAUCAAAAUGUUUAUAAGUGGAGAAGACGCAUAAUAAAUUUAAGUGAAGUAGUUAUUUGUGCAACUUGUUAUAACGACACUGUUUAUAUGCUUACUUAUGACAAAAGGUGUACUAUUAACUUAUAUAGCUACUGUCCAAUGUACGAGUUAAUCAAGAAGUUAAAAUCUUUUAAUAUAUCAUAUGAUGGUGCUACUACAAUGUGUGCGUUUAAUGUCGAUAAAGCCAUGGUGUUUAAGAAUGAUACCUUAGAAUAUUAUUCUGUGGAUAACAACUUCUUCAUAGAAUAUAAAAUUCAAUUGGAUUCUUUUCACUCCAACUACUUAUUCAGUGUUCCUAUUUAUCUAGAAAAAACAUUAUAAUUUAUUUUUAGUUAUGUACCUAGUAUUAUAAGUACCUAUUUAUAAUAUUUAAUAUUUCUUUAGUAUUGUAAAUUUAACAGUAUUUAACAUGAUCUAUUUUCUGUUUUAAUUAUGGUACAAAUUAAAUUUUACUUUCCAUUUAGGGGAUUCAACACCAAUCCCAUCAUUAAGGUGUGUGAUUGCGUGUAAAAGAAAUAACAGAGAGACUUACAUUAAUUAACGCAUUACACAAAAAUUAUUAUUAAUAAUUGUUUUGUUUUUUUUUUUUGGUCAAAAGUAUCAACUAACCUAUUAAUCCAUUAACAUUUCUGAAAUCAUAUUUGAAAGUGCUAUGAAAUUUACUUCGAAACAACGUCUUUUUUAUAUUAAUUUUUUCACUUCAUAUUAUCAUUUAAAAUUUUAGAAAUGAAAAUCCUAAGGGUUUAAUUAAUUUCUAAAAAGUAGAAAAGUUGUUAUCAGUGAACUUCAUGACAAAUUAAAUGUGUUUUCCUGUCAUUUAUUUGGUGACUUGGAUAAUCUGUACAGUAAUCAGUAGUGUCUAGGAUUAUUUUUAAGGGGGGUGUCACCAAAAUAUACAUAACAUACAUUAAUUGACCGCCACUGCUUUUUAUAUAACCGGUAGCCAAUUUUUAUGUCAUAGUAGUUGUAUUUGAUAGUGGAGGAAUGCUCACAAAUACCAGUUUUUUUGUUUCUAAUGCAUUGUUACAAUAUAAAAUAAUUAUUUCACAUUUUUGUUGGUUUCACUAUUUACUUAUUAUUAGUUUAAGUGUUUACUCAUAAAUCGUUAUUAUAAUAUUUUUGUUCCAAACUUCUAGAGAUUGAAUAUCCUAAAGUAUAGUUUUUAUAUUUUAUUACUUAGUUAUUUAAUUUUAAUAUUAUAACAUUGUACAAAAAUGUAUUUUAUAUUAUACAUUUUUUAAUAUUAUUUAAUUAAAAAGAUUAAAUGCCCUUCACUUAAAUUUUUCUAUUUCUGAAUAGAAAUUAUUAUUUUUAUUCUAUCACACUAACAAUUAAUUUGUAUAUUAAAAUUGAAUAAAUUUUAUAAAGUAAAUGUACCUAUCAGAAAAUAAAUUUAUCCCAGACAUAAAAAUUGUUAUUUUUAAUUUACGAUUUGUUGUAUAUUAAUGUUUUGUGCUAUUUAUAAUACAUUAUUGAUUUAAUAACUAAUGUAUUAACUAGCUCGACAAUGUAAGAAAAAAAUUAUAUUAUGUUAUAAAAGGAA